AUGAAACCAGAUGAAGACAUAGAUCGUAAUCUGACGAUGAUAGAUAAUUCUCCGUGUAGGUCAUUGAGAAAUAGCUCUUAUUUUAGUGAAGCGUGCAAGGAUGCUCAACAAUUAAAUGACCGUUUUGCAAAAGUGAAUUAUACAUCAAAAAUAAAACGUUUUCCGAGUGACUGA